AGUUAGGUCUCCUCCCUCUCUGGCUGUGAAUGUGACCGGCAGAGGCGCUUCAUCGCCCGCACCCCACCUCCUCCAGAGCCCCGUCCCGUCCUCCCCUCCUCCUCCUGUUUCCCCGGCAUCGCCUGGCGUCAGCUGUCCUCGUUUUUCAAACAAUAACAGGCAGUGUGUGCCCGGAGCGGGAGAGAGGCCGGCAGCUGGCAGCAGAGGAAGGCACCGGGGUGCGGAGGGGGAGGCGGCAUGGCAGCCAGCUUCGGCAAGAUCCAGAUUGGAAUCUAUGUGGAGAUCAAGAGGAGCGAUGGUCGAAUCCAUCAAGCCAUGGUGACAUCUCUGAAUGAAGACAGCGAGAGCAUCACUGUGGAGUGGAUUGAAAAUGGGGACACUAAAGGAAAAGAGAUCGAUUUGGAAAGUAUAUUCGCACUUAAUCCUGUUCUGGCUCCGGAUGAAGAAAUUGACCCCAGCCCUGAAAUGCCUCCUCCCCCUACACCGACCACCAAAGUGAACAAGAUUGUGAAGAAUCGCCGUACAGUGGCUCCAGCUAAGAGCGAAACACCUGCAAGGGACAAUAGAGCAGUCGGUUCAGCCCGGGCACGGCCAAGCCAACCGCCAGAACAGCCGGCCUCUGCACAGCAGAAUGGUAGUGUUUCAGAUAUAUCUCCAGAUCAACCUGGAAAAAAGGACUUUGGCCCUCCUUCCAGGAGGAAGUCUAAUUGUGUGAAAGAAGUAGAAAAGCUGCAAGAGAAGCGAGAAAGGAGACGGUUACAGCAGCAAGAACUGCGAGAGAAAAAGGCUCUGGAUGUUGAUGCCACAUACCCGAAUUAUGAAAUAAUGUGUAUGAUAAGAGAUUUCAGAGGAAGUUUGGAUUACCGGCCCUUAACUACUGCAGACACUAUUGAUGAGCAUCGGAUAUGUGUGUGUGUUAGAAAGCGUCCUCUGAACAAGAAGGAGAACACUAUGAAAGACUUAGAUGUGCUCACAAUUCCUAGUAAAGAUGUAGUAAUGGUGCACGAACCCAAGCAGAAAGUGGACCUGACCCGAUUCUUAGAAAACCAAACGUUUCGCUUUGACUAUGCCUUUGAUGAGACUGCGCCAAAUGAAAUGGUGUACAGGUUCACCGCGCGGCCUCUUGUAGAAACCAUCUUUGAGAGGGGAAUGGCCACCUGCUUUGCGUAUGGGCAGACUGGAAGUGGAAAAACCCAUACUAUGGGUGGCGAUUUUUCUGGAAAGAAUCAAGACUGUUCAAAAGGAAUAUAUGCUCUUGCAGCAAGAGAUGUAUUUCAGAUGCAAAAGAAACCAAAUUAUAAGAAACUAGAGCUUCAAGUAUACGCUACGUUUUUUGAAAUCUACAGCGGUAAAGUUUUUGACUUAUUGAACCGGAAAACCAAAUUAAGAGUCCUGGAAGAUGGCAAGCAGCAGGUGCAGGUGGUUGGCCUACAGGAGAGAGAAGUGAAAUGUGUAGAAGACGUUCUCAAGCUCAUUGAGAUUGGCAAUAGCUGCAGGACGUCAGGUCAGACCUCGGCUAAUGCACACUCUUCUAGAAGUCACGCUGUGUUCCAGAUAAUCUUACGACGGAAAGGGAAGCUCCAUGGUAAAUUUUCUCUGAUUGAUUUGGCUGGAAAUGAACGAGGUGCUGACACCUCGAGCGCAGACAGACAAACCCGACUCGAAGGGGCUGAGAUAAACAAGAGUUUAUUAGCACUAAAGGAAUGCAUCCGUGCACUUGGCCGGAAUAAGCCCCACACGCCGUUCAGGGCCAGUAAACUGACACAGGUUCUGCGGGACUCUUUCAUUGGUGAAAACUCUCGGACGUGCAUGAUUGCUACUAUUUCCCCUGGAAUGGCAUCUUGUGAAAAUACCUUAAACACCUUAAGAUAUGCAAACAGGGUAAAGGAAUUUGGGAUUAGUCCAUCGGAUAUUCCCUUCUCUCAGGGUAGCGGAAGUCGCUCUGAUCUCUCUCCUUCCUAUGAGUAUGACGACUUCUCUCCUACGCUCACCAGAGUGAAAGAACUGACCGUGGAUCCGACCGCGGCAGGAGACCUCCGCCCCAUGUUACAUCAUGCCCAGAAUCAGCUGGAUGACUUGGAGUCACUGUGGGGAGUGGGCAGCUCCCCUCAGAGAGACGACCUCAAGCUCUUAUGUGAACAAAAUGAGGAAGAGGUUUCCCCACAACUGUUCACCUUCCAUGAAGCAGUGUCUCAAAUGGUGGAGAUGGAGGAACAGGUUGUAGAAGAUCACAGAGCCGUGUUUCAGGAAUCUAUACGAUGGCUUGAAGAUGAGAAAGUGCUGUUAGAAAUGGCUGAAGAGGUGGACUACGAUGUGGACUCUUACGCUACACAACUUGAAGCAAUCCUAGAGCAGAAGAUUGACAUCCUUACUGAAUUACGAGACAAAGUGAAAUCGUUCCGAUCUGCUUUACAAGAGGAGGAACAAGCCAGCAAGCAGAUAAACCCCAAGAGACCACGGGCCCUUUAAGAGAAGGCUUUAAUGAAGGAUGACCUUACAAAGAACUUUCUCCUGUAACAUAGCAUUAUUAUUAAACUGUGGCCGUAAAACCCCAUUACUUGAACCGUUAAGUCAACUUUUUAUAAUGUCAGUGGGAAUUUCCUCCUCUUUCACUUGAAUGGAUAACUGUUUUGGGCUAACCACUACACUGACGCCGCGACAAGCUUCAGACCCGAACGGCACAAACUUAUCGGUAGGGACUACCAGGCACUUUGUCCAAAAUACACCAUUCAAUGUCUUACUUUCCAAAUGUUUGUCUAUUUUAUUUUUUAUUUUUAAUAAAUAACUUUAAAACUG